GAUAGGGUUUUGAAGUCGACAAAGGAGCCACACUCUACUAACAUAUAAAAAGCUGACUUUUUUAAUGUACUCGUUGCUUAAAUUCGAACAAAAACUACCCAUUAAUACUCUCCCACUACUCCCACUUCUCUUGCGCUUUAAAACUGCUCCGAUUUCACAAAAUCACAGAAACCUUCAAUUAAUUUCCCCCUUUUCUUCAACUUUUGAGGGGAAGAAAGUUGAAGAAAUUCAGCGGGAAAAACUAUUAGGAUUUGAGGAGAUGGGUAGUUCAAAAGAUGGGUCAGUUGAUGAAGAACAGCCUAAGGGCAACAACCCUACAUCUGUUGAUUUUAAUGAUUAUGCGGUUAUUAAGGAAGGAGAGGCUGAGAUUCUUAUGCAUCGAAAUAAUCAAGUGUUUUUCAAUAAAACCCAGGUUAACAAUCGGGAUAUAUCCAUUGCUGUCCUGAGAACAUUUAUAAACAAACGUAAAGAAGAGCAUGAAGCAUUUUUGUCAAGAAAAGCAAAGGGGGCAGCUAAAACAUCUGAAGAAAAAUCUGACACCCCUGCUUCUGAGGAUGUGACAAUGGAAUCUAAGGCUGAUUCCCACACAUCUAAUGGGAUUCAUGAUACUAAUGCUACUGAUGUAAAGCCUGAGGAUGCUUCUUGUGGCACUGCAGCAGAACCAGCUCAACCAAGCAAUACCCCAGGAGGAAAAUUUCAGCGGGAACUAAAGCCGCCAAGAGUUCUUGAGGCUUUGUCUGCCUCUGGUUUAAGAGCUCUUAGGUAUGCACGUGAAGUUGAGGGACUUGGUCAAAUUGUUGCCUUGGACAAUGAUAAAGCUUCUGUUGAAGCAUGCCAGAGGAACAUUAAAUUUAAUGGUUCAGUGGCAAGUUCAAAGGUGGAAUCUAACCUAGCUGAUGCUCGGGUUUAUAUGCUUACUCAUCCCAAAGAAUUUGAAGUGGUUGAUCUUGAUCCAUAUGGUUCACCGUCUGUGUUCUUGGACUCCGCCGUUCAAUCUGUUGCCGAUGGAGGCAUGCUUAUGUGCACAGCUACAGAUAUGGCGGUGUUGUGCGGGGGUAAUGCAGAGGUUUGCUAUUCAAAGUAUAAUUCAAUUCCAUUGAAAUCUAAGUACUGUCAUGAAAUGGCUUUGAGGAUUUUGCUGGCUAGCAUUGAGAGCCAUGCAAAUCGUUAUAAACGCUACAUUGUUCCUGUACUCUCUGUACGGAUGGAUUUCUACAUUCGGGUUUUUGUUCGCAUAUAUAGCUCUGCAAGCGCUAUGAAGGAGACUCCUCUUAAACUAUCAUAUGUUUACCAGUGUGUUGGAUGUGAUUCUUUCCAUCUACAGCCUCUGGGGAGAGCUGUCUCCAAGAACAACAACAUGAAAUACUAUCCCGGCUAUGGUCCUGUUGUCCCAAAAGAAUGUGCUGAUUGUGGUAAGAGAUUUAACAUGGGUGGGCCUAUUUGGUCAGCUCCUAUACAUGAUCAAGAUUGGGUGACAUCUAUGCUAUCAGAUGUGAAAGCCAUGAAGGAUCGUUAUCCUGCUUAUAAUCGCAUCAUUGCGGUGCUGACAACUGUUUCAGAGGAGCUGCCUGAUGUUCCAUUGUUUUUAUGCUUACAUAACCUUUGCGGAACAUUGAAAUGCACAUCUCCUUCGGCUGUUAUAUUCAGAUCAGCCGUACUGAAUGCCGGGUAUCGUAUAUCAGGAACACAUGCAAGUCCUCUGGGUCUGAAAACAGAUGCUCCCAUGAGUGUCAUUUGGGAUAUCAUGCGCUGCUGGGUGAAAAAUCAUCCAGUUAAACCUCAACCUGCUGAUCAAUCAGGAACUGUGAUACUCUCCAAGGAACCAGAACUUCAGGCAAACUUUACCCGAGCAGUCGCCUCUCUUAGCAAGGCACAGGCAAAGAAAGUAGCUCGUUUUCUUCCAAAUCCAGAAAGGUACUGGGGGCCCAAGGUCCGUGGAGGCCGUCAAAUUACCAGCAAACAUGUAUCUCUUAUGGGUCCAGAGGCCAUCAAUGGUUCUGUAAAUCAUGAAGAAGGUGAAGAGUCUGAUGCUAAGCGUCAAAAGACCGACCAUCAUACCUCUGAUUCAUGAUAAUCCUCUUUAAUUAUGUUUUUAUGUACCUCAACAGGGGAUGGAGGUGAGGGACUGAUAGCCAUAGGAAGUCCAAGAGAAUGAAGCCAUCCUGUUCUCAUUUUUUUUAAAAAGUUUUAAUUAGGCUUCUAUGUUCUGCCAUUUUUGAGUUUGGCCUAUGUUCUAGAUUUUACAUCCAUAUAUAAUGUUUGCUUAAUAUUAUAUUGGUAGUUUUGUGACUAACUGUAUGAUUCUUUGUUAUUAAAUGACAAUUUCUUGAUAUUGAUCAAUGGAAUUUUCAGGCAUUACUCCUUCA